CACUUGCAAACUGUCAUCAACGUGACAGAUGUGAACACAUUGUACCUGUUAAAAAUCACGUCCAGGCAUGAUGUGCAUUGUUUUCUGGAUCGUCAACCAGAGACUGUCAAAGCGUACUACCAGCAACUGCUACAGACUUUGAUUCUUGAAUUCUCUGAUCCAGACUAAGACCAUGGGCUCCUUAUUGCUGUGGACCUCAAACAGGGCCGACUUGAAAACCCACAGACUUUCUGUUGUCAGCUACGAAAAGCCUACUUCAGAGCAUGCAACGAACCAGGUAUGGAACAGGAUGUCAACUUAAAAACUCUGUUCCUCCGAAACCUACAUGCCAGUUGGAGUUUUCAUCUCAGAGUCCCAGCGUGUCCACGUAACAGAACUACACAAGAGUUAAGGAACUUAGCCCACAAAGCUUGCACCAAGCAAAAGACUAUUUGUGAAAAGACUGUGAAAAACCCCAAAGUCUCUGUCUCUGAGCACUGCUUGGAGUUAACCCUAGAGGGCGCCCUACAACACCACAGUCACAGACAUUUUUACAGAGAGUCAAUACCGUUCCAAGCCAGCAGAGGGCAACACAGUGCAGCCACGUCUGAGACAGCAGAGAUCCUGAGGGUGCUGAAAGAGCUUCUUUACAUGACAACUCGCAAGGAAGACAAGGAGGAUGAACCAGACAUCUUAUGUCUAAGCAUAAGAACUGAAACCAACACCCUGUCUGACUGCCAUCUGUAUGAGCCAAGCACCCAGAACACUGCUCGUCAUUCACAGACCACAGAGCUAACUGUCACAUCACAAGGUGACAGCAUCACCCAAGCUCCACAGCUGACAACUGCACACCCUGAACGAGACAGCACAGGUCCUCACACCAGGUACCACAAACACAAGGUACCAGAAAAUGCUGUUUUGACUACCUGCCUUCGCAGCGAGCUACACAAGACCGGUCCUAACCACCCAUCGAUCGUCACACCUGCCCUGAUGCCAACAUUCCUGGGCAGCCUUGUCGAAAAGGGGGUGAGCCGAAAAGGAGUGAACAUGGAAGACCUGAUCGACACAGGAUUAAACCUUACGGUGAUCUCAUCUCACCUUUUCAAAAGACUCCAAUUUGAAGCUAAGAGACAAGAUCAAACUCUUACACUUCAAACUUGUGAACUGAAUGUACAGUCAUACAGCCAGAAUGACAUCCAGUUUGAACAGGUUGUUUCCAUUUACCUGACAAUCGGUCUGAUGAGUCUAGGACAUCCCAUGUAUGUCUCACCAAUGAACACUCAUGCAUUUCUCAUCGACAAAGACCUGCUAGACCACUUUGACCGUUUUCUGAACUUCAAACAGCUAAAAGACUUUGCUCAAGUGCGAGAACCUCUUUCCCUCCAGCCACACAGGUUGCUAGAGCCAGACUGUCAGGUCACAGAGGUCACGGGAACCCCAGCACCCAACCGUGGCCCAAGUUCAAAUUCAAGCCACUGCACCUUAGUCAACGAACAGCAUGGAUAA